UUUCUGACCCUUUCUAGCCACCUUCUCUGUCACUCGGUCUUUCACUUUCUUUCUUUAUUUAUUUCUCUCUUACCUCCUUCAUUCCUUCUUCCGCUAAUAUUUCACCUUUCUUUUCAUCCUUUUCAUCUUUAUCUCAAGAACGAGAAUCCAAUCAAUUUCAAAAUUCUCGCGUUUGCCGAAGGAAAGCUCGCGAAUUUUGAUUACCCUAUUGAUCGAUUACUUAAAUUUUAAUAUUCCGCAUUUUAAUAUUUCUCUUAUAAAGUAUCGAACGAUUCCUACAUAUCACUCAUCGAAUUUAUUUCCAACAAAUACGGCGUUACUUUCGAAACUUUCUUUUUAUCACGAUUGAGACUACCGAGUCUACGAAUUCUAGGAAUGGCAUUAAAUUAUAUUCGUUCUCUCCAAGUUGACACUUCCCAUUUAUAAUCGGGAAAUGUAAAUACAAAGCAUACGUCGACAUAAUAUGUGAAAGAAAAAUAAGACUCGUUAUAAGAUAGUUGUGCCUGAGUACUCGUUAUAAGAUCCUCAAAAAACUAGAAAGUAUCACUUUUCAAGAAUCGAAAUUUCCAUUCGAUCGACGGACCGAUCAAUCAAGUGCAUCGUAAUCUCAAGAAGAACUUUCUCGAAAUAUUGCAUUUCGAAUGGCAGUGGUUAUUUCAAUUUUUCGAUUUAUAAGAAAUUUCAAUCUCUUACGUUGAAGAUACUGACACGAUAAGUAUCACGUUUCCUCGUUGUUAUAAUGAACGUUAGAUAAAUUAUUAAUCAUUUAAACAAAAUGAUCAUCACGGACUUUUCGAAAAAUUUUAUAAGGGUUUUAAAAAGGUGAGAACGUCGUCUCGCGACGACAAAGGUUCAGCAGCAACAACAGCAGGUGCUGGCGCUACACCUGUCCGCAGGCUGAGAGCACCGGUCAGCUUGUGCGCCGAAGUCCGCUCGAAGCGUCGAAUUCCACUGUGUUUACUCAUUCGAAAAGAACGUACCAGCCGAAGACGGCCGUAGUCGACCGAGUCGAAGAGAAACCGCGUGUCCUCGGUGGCGCUAGCGUCGAACUUCUCGGUUAAAAAGAGAAAGAAGAUUUACUUAUGUUCAGAAUAAAUGUGUUAUUGUCUUCGGGAAGGAGUCUCGAUCAGCAACAUCAUCGGCAACCUCAAAAACAACUUGAGCUUCCUCUUGAUCGUCGGUAUCAGCAACGAGAACAGAAGAAACGAGAAAUAGAAGGUGGUGAAGAAGGAGAAGGAAAAGAGAGAAAAAAGGCAACAACAUCGAUGUCGACUUUGGUGUGCUGCGAGCCGGUCUCGGCCGGACGGCCGCGAGACAAUCUCAAACUCGUUUUGAAUCGUAGUUUGAGCGAGCCAGGUCCGCCGGCGACGUCCUCGUGCUUCCUCUCGUCGCCGACGUCGCCCGUAUCGCCUAGUCCCUCUACUACCAGCAGCGUCGACAGUUGCAUCACCGACGUUAGCGGAAUAACCGACAUUGCCAGUAGCAUUAGUAGCACCAGCAGCACCAGUAGCAGCGGUAUCAACUGCAAUAGCAUUAGCAGUGGUAGCAAUAGCAGUGGCACCGGUAGCAUUGAUAACGAAGCCAUAACGAGCGACGUACAUCGUCACUACCAUCAUCACCACUAUCAUCACCAUCAUCAUCAUCAUUACCAUCAACAUCAACUUCAUCCGCUCUCAGCUUCGAAACGUUGCAAGCUGGAGACGGUUAGCCUUCCCGCAAGUCCUUGCUCCGAGAGCAACAGUCUCCAAAAACAAUUGGUUCUCCAAAGAACGCGUACGAUAACACCGACCGAACUGGCUCAACGGAUCUUAGAACAUUCAACGACCAGUCCUGUGCUCCUCGAUUGUCGGCCAUUCAUUCUCUACAACGUGAAUCACAUCAGAGGUGCUAUCAACGUAAACUGUUCCGAUCGAUUUAAUAGACGACGUUUGCAAUUGGGCAAAGCUACUCUGGCUGACCUUGCCACUGCCAGAGAAGGCAAAGAAAUUCUCAGAAGAAAACAGUACAGAGAAGUCAUCGUUUACGACGAUUGCACCGCCGAGCUUGAAUACCUUCCCGUUCAACAUCCCUUAUUUUUGGUACUAGCUGCUCUUGUUGAAGACAAUCGAGAACCCGCCUUACUUCUCGGUGGACACAAAGAAUUCCACAGGCGGCAUCGAGAACUUUGCGAGGACACGCUGUUACCGUCCGAUGGUGGCAGUGGCAAUGGCAGUUCUUCCACAACCGUCAGUGGUUGUCCAAGUCCUGGUCCAGGUUGCUCGGUACUAAGUCUUUCGGGACCACCAACACCACAACCAGCAGACAUCGAUAGCCACCCAGCGUCUCGUGUUUUACCCUUUCUUUACCUUGGUAACGGCAGAGAUGCUGCUGAUCUUCAACUCCUUCGAGCCCUUGGCACUACUAGAGUAUUGAACGUUACCUCCCAACUACCAGGAUAUCACGAGGAAAGGGGCAUUACCUACAGACAGAUACCUGCAUCCGAUUCCGGUCAUCAAAAUCUCAAGCAGUACUUCGAAGAAGCCUUUGACUUUAUCGAGGAAGCACGAAAAGCCGGUAGCAGCGUAUUGGUUCAUUGCCAGGCUGGUGUAUCGCGUAGUGCGACGAUCGCCAUCGCGUACAUAAUGCGACAUAAAGGUUUGUCAAUGGUCGAAGCGUAUAAAUUGGUGAAAAAUGCACGGCCAAUCAUCAGUCCGAAUUUAAACUUUAUGGGGCAGCUUCUCGAAUUAGAACAAGGUCUAAGAGCGUCUGGUGGUGUCACUGGAACGCAACAAACCGAGGAACCCAAAAGUUGUCAUCAAUGUCGUUGGAGUCACCAACAAAAUAGUAGCGAGGAAGUGACUUCCGGUUGCAGCGUUUGAGAGACGCGUAAGCGUGCGUGCGUGCGCCUGAUACACACUCACACGUACAUAUACACACAUACACAUAUGCGCAACACCUCGCGAAAAGAAACGAACGGACGCGCAAGCUCGUUGUUUUUGUUGUUAUAUAUUAUUAUA